AUGGAUAGCUAGCAGGAAAAUAAAAGCAGUUAAAUCUAUUAAAGUUUUUAGCAAUACUAGCACAUCAACAAAAGUCUCAACAAACUUGUUAGCUUUGAAUUUUUGCUUGAACAGACUCUUAAUUACAUCUCAAACAAAUCUACAUUUUUUAACAAGGAUAGAUUCUUGGAAAUUCUUUCACUAUCGCAAUUUGUCAAGGUUUAUUUUAAACUUUAGAAAAUGAACAUCAGCCAAAAGUAGAUUUACAUCUCAGAAGGUAAUAUGCAAGAAGAAUUAGAUGAAUAAAACCGUUAAAAAAGCGAGGCUUUUGAAAAAUUCUUCACUGAAGACUAUAUUGAAAAAUACAGAAAUUUGCAGCCAGAGGAAUAAAUCUAAAAAAUGGCCGAGACAUUAGAAAGAAUUAAGAAUCGUCAGCAAAAUGGGAUGACAUUCAAUGAAGAUUUUGAAGAAGAGUUGUAAAGAAGUCAUAAAAGAGUUGGUUUACUCUCUAAGCUACCUAUACCUAAAGAUCUUUUAGAGACAAAGCAACCAAAUCAAAAAAAAAGCGAUUACAUGAUUUUUGUUGGAGAAGUCCUAUUUAUAGUAAGACCACUCAUUUACUGCAUUUUGUUGCGUAUGUUUGGUGUUAAAUCAUAUACACCUUAUAUGAUUUCCCUUAUCAUUGAUCUUUUUCGUCUGAUUCUCUAACGCAAAAUAAAGUUUUAUUAACCUGCAUAGAGAGAAGAGUUUAAAACAAGAAAUAAAGAAAUGAUUCUAAAUUAUCUACUUAGAAACCCCUUCUACAGUCACAUUUUCAGAAAUAAAGUGUUAAUUCCUAUGUUAGAUUCCUUAUUCGGAAGUAGAUUAUAAUUUUUAAAAUCCUUCAUUUUAGGUAUAAUAGAGAUGCGUUGUUCAAUUUGUUUACUCUUGUGA